AUGGCCGCCGCCGCGGAUCCCCCACCCCCCACCGCAGACAGCUUCCCCCUCCCUCCCAUCCUACAACAGCCUUCCUCGACGUGCCCCGAGCUCAUCACUCAAGGCGCUGAGGGCCGCCUCUACAAGACGACGUACCUGCUACCGUCGAUACCCUGUGCACUCAAGUACCGCCCGCCCAAGCCGUGGCGCCACCCCACGCUCGACGCGCGUCUGACCAAGCACCGCAUCCUCUCCGAGGCGCGCAUUCUCGCCAAGUGCCGCCGCGAUGGCCUCCGCGUUCCCGCCAUCUACGCCAUAGACGAAGCUCGGGGCUGGCUAAUGCUUGAGUGGAUCCCCGGCCCGCCGGUGCGCGCCGCCAUCAACGCCCGCCUCGGCGUCCGCACGGACAGCAUCGAGCAGGACGAGCUGCUCAAGGGGCUGAUGCGCCGCAUCGGCGCCGCGGUGGGCAAACUGCACAAGAUGGGCAUCGUACACGGCGACUUAACGACGAGCAACUUGAUGCUGGACCCGACGGGCAGCAGCAGUGGUGCGCAUGGCGAUGCCCUGGAGGACUUGCAGGGUGAGGUGGUGAUUAUCGACCUCGGGCUGGCGAGCGGCGCGGUGCAGGAGGAGGACCGGGCAGUCGACCUGUAUGUGCUGGAAAGGGCGUUUGGGAGUACGCAUCCUCGAGCCGAGUGUGUGUUUCCGGAGCUGCUUGAGGCGUACCGGGAGACACACAAGCAGGCGCCAGGAGUCUUGAAGAAGCUCGAGGAGGUGCGCAUGCGUGGCCGGAAGCGAAGCAUGCUAGGUUGA